AUGGGGCCAGGCCUGGGACAGCAGCUCAGCACCUCCAACACACCCUCCAGCAGUGCCCCUGGCUCGCCUUCAUCAUUCUGGACACCGGGUCUCCAAAGGCAAGGGCGCAGCCCCGGUCGCCCAAGUCCUCGAGGUUCGGCACCGGGCACCCGCACGCCCGACAAGGCCCACUAGGCCCUCGACCUGGAGGCCUUCAGGUGCCCGGCGUCGGGCCACGCCGGCCGCCUGUGGGAGCAGUUGCGGCAGUUCUGGGUCGACCACUUCUCGCGGCGCUUCUCGCCGCGGCGCCCGCCGCUACGCCGCAUCUCCUCCAUGUCCACCUUCUACCUGCUGGACCACCGGACGCGCCAGGCCGAGCUGGGCCUCAGCUACGGCGCGCCGCGCACGCGCCUGAGCGACGAGGACUUUGUGUUCCGCGGCGGUCGCUGGACCGCCGAGGGGCUCCCCCUGCGGUCGGGGCCGCCGCUGUCCCCGCCGACCAUCUCGGGCUGGGAGCCGCCGGUGCAGCGGGUCAAGAGCCAGGUACUGCUGGAGGAGAACAACUACUUGAAGCUGCAGCAGGAACUGCUCAUGGACAUGCUGACUGAGACCACGGCGCGCAUGCACCUGCUGGAGAAGAAGCUGGACACCGAUUCCAGCCCGGCGGCGGCGGCGGCGCGCGCCUGGCAGAGGAAGAUGCGCAAACGCGAAGGCGCGAGCGGCGUGCUCAUGAUCGAGCCGCGCGCUCUGGAGUCGCGGUGA